AUGAAGUUUCUCAUCGUUGUCGCGCUGGUGGUCGCAGCUGUUCAGGCGCAUGUUCAGCCCAGUGAUGUCAUCCCUGUUCCCCACUUGAAAGUCACCCCCGUUGAGGGCGCUCCCAAGUAUGCGGACUCUCGCAUCAUCAACGGCGUGCAGGCCUCCCGUGGCCAGUUCCCGUACCAGGCGGCGCUGUACCUGAACGGCAACGGUUUUUGCGGAGGCUCCCUCAUCUCUCAGCGCUGGGUGCUCACUGCCGCCCACUGCGCAUUUGGCAUCAGCUCGUUCACCGUGUACCUGGGGGCGCAGGACAUCAGCUCCGCCAGCGAGGAGGGCCGCGUCGUCGUGACCACGAGGUCGAAGAUCGUGCACUCGGGCUACCUCGUCCUCCUACCGCCCAACGACAUCGCGCUCAUCGACCUGGGCCAGGACGUGCCUCUCAGCAUACACUUCAAAGGAAUAGCUUUGGGUGACAGUGGUGGCCCACUCAUCGACCUGGAGUCCGGGAAGCAGAUCGGCAUCGUGAGCUACGGCUCCGUCGACGGCUGCGAGAGCGGUGCCCCCAACGGCUUCGCCCGCGUCACCUCCUUCAUCGACUGGAUCUCCCAGAACACCGGCCUCAGCCUCUGA